AUGGAGUGGCUGUGGACCUGGAUCCAAGUGCUGUGCUUUCUAGUGCUCACAGACCUGUUGUGGACUUUGCCCAUCUCUAAGGAACAAUGGCCAAGGCCUGAGGACAUGGAACUGGCUGAGGGUUACCUGAGGAGGUUCUACCACAUGAGUCCCAGCAGUGGCCUCCGGCCCCGCAGUAGGAGGGCCACCUCCACCUCAGCCCUCGAGGAGAAGAUCAGGGAGAUGCAGGGUUUCUUUAGUCUGAAGCAGACUGGCAGAUUGGAUCUCCAGACCCUCUCUGUGAUGAGGAAGCACAGGUGUGGAGUGCCUGACGUGGAAAACUACAGCUUUUACCCUGACCAGCCCAAGUGGAAGAAUCACACCAUUACAUACAGGAUUUCUCAGUACACCCCUGACCUUACACGGGAAGAGGUGGAUACCUCAUUCCGUUUGGCCCUGAAGAUCUGGAGUGACGCGGCCCCACUGAAGUUCAUCAAGGUCAACCACGACACGGCAGACAUCGUCCUCUCCUUUGCAAGAAAAACUCAUGGAGACUUCUUUCCCUUUGACGGCCCCAAGGGUGUUCUGGCCCACGCCUUCGAGCCAGGGGAGGGCAUGGGGGGAGAUGUGCACUUUGACGAGGAUGAAAUCUGGACGAUGGGGCAUCGCAAGCUAGGUUACAACCUGUUCACUGUUGCGGCCCAUGAGUUUGGCCACUCCCUGGGCCUCUCCCAUUCCAAAGACCCCUCAUCUCUCAUGUACCCCAACUACAAGUAUUACAAUGGAGCACAGUACACACUGCCACGAGAUGACGCACUGGGAAUCCAGGCGCUGUAUGGUGAACUUUGCUAUUAUUUCCAAGGCAAGCCAGUCAGAAAACAGGAUCCACCUAACCUUCUUAAGAAGUGCGAUCCCAACUUCUCUGUUGAUGCAGUGGCAUUGUUCGGGAAGGAGAUUGUUUUCUUUAAAAACAGGUACAUGUGGUUGAGGACAACAUGGACGACAUACUGGAACCGUCUGAGUGAGGGCCCCAGCAGCACAUACCUCCCCAGCAUCAACUCUCCUGUGGACGCAGCCUAUGACAUCCCUGCCAAAGGCGUGGCAUAUGUCUUCACUGGUGACAAAUACUGGGGAAUAAGGGCUUAUGCAAAGACAAUCCUCCCUGGUUAUCCAAAGUCAAUCUCCAACCUGGGCUUCCCCUCAUCAGUGACUUAGUUAGAUGCAUCUGUGUAUGUGCCAACCAGAGGGAAAACAUUCUUCUUUGUGGGCAACAAAUACUGGAGCUUUGUUGAGGCAAGACGCCAAGUGGACUAUGGAUAUCCUCUAUCCAUAACUCAGGAUUUCACAGGCAUUGGCUCCAAAGUGGACGCUGUCUGUCAGAACUUUGGUUACCUUUUCUUCUCAGAUGGUCCAAGGCAGAGUGAGUACUAUCUGGCAUUUAAACGGGUGAUACGUGUUCCACUGAACUACGGCUGGCUGGAUUUCUACUAA